AUGUCUUUCAUCACGCCUGCCUCAGUCGCUGGUUCAAAGUCCAAGAGACCUGCCCUUACAGAUGUGAUGCCGACUCCUGCGACUCCCGCAACUCCCAGAGGUCCGACGCGUGGUGCUUUGUCACGAGCGCCGAGCGGUGCAGAGCUGCCAGAGCGGCGUACCGGCGAUGCCUCGGCCUCUGAAUUGGAGCUGCUCCCGGUCGCUUUGACACUGGGCAAGGCAGCGGAGAUGAGCCGAGAUCGGGAGCCACAGAUGGUGCAAAGAGAGGAUACCUCCAGAGAGGGCCCCACGGCUGAGCCAGGGAAGGAGCUGGCGAUGCUUGAGGACUUGGAGAGGGUCCUCGCGGAGGAGGUGCGAGCGGGGGGACACUCGGCGUCUUGGCACUACCUGCUGCAAGAGCUGGCGCUCACGCGGCAGGCUCUGCAAGGCCGGUCUCUCAAGGGCGAGGCGGAGCCGCCGGGAGGCCGAGGGCUGUUGGACUCUGUCGACUUCUCGGCGAUGCCUGAGCGCGGUUUGGGCUUGGCCUCCGGCGCCUCCAGCGUCCCAGGCCGCGAAGUCGCGGAGGUCUCGGAGGAUUCUGAGCCGGAGGAGCCGACCCAAGUGGCGGAGAUCCUGGCCGAAGCGGCUAGGGCCGGCAACGAUGCCGAAGCG